UCGCCGUACCCACGUUAGUUUCAGUUCUCUGUUUUUGCUCCCAUUACGCUUCGUUUCUACUCAGGAAAUCACACAGGAACAUGAACAGUGGCAAACCAGCACUCACAGUUGCCUGCAUCGCAUUGCUGAGUGUAACGAUCGGCGAUGCACAAAAUUGUGCUCAAAACGUCAACCCUAACACGUUCCUACCCGACACGAAAGGAUGCCAUUAUUAUACGGCUUGUGUGAACCGUAUAGCCGCACCGCUAGUAUGCCCAUCAGGAUACCAUUUUAACUUUGACAAGCAGCUAUGCGAUUACCCCAGCAAAGCUGGCUGCAUUAAAUGUCCCGCCACCGGUUUCGUAAACCUGGCGAUCGAUGGUAACUGUCAAAAGUUUGUCCAAUGUUUCAUGGGAGUUGCCGUGGAUCGCGAAUGCCCGGCCGGGCUCGCGUACGAUCCAGUGUAUGGGCAGUGCAAUCUAGAGUCGAAAGUGCAGUGCCGAAGAUAGUUUGGUACAUGUAGCCUGUCUUGUCGGUAAAGUUUUAUUAAAACAUACUGCACGAUCAAUCAUUUAGUAUAAAUAAAGAGGAAUACCGCUUAAUA